AUGUCUACCAAGAUCCGAGGAUCACGACUUAGGCUACCUGCCUCCAGAACCAGCACCAGAAAACCACGUCGUCGGUCCAGAAGGAAAUUGAAAGGAGAGCCCUUUGUCCAGCAUCCCGGCCAAUGCCCAGCGGCCCCGUCCAGCCAGGACGAGAGUUCGGAAGAUGUUUCAUCAGCGGAGGUGGAACCCGCAGGCAAAAGCCAGAGCUCCAUUCCCAGACUGGGCACCACCGUGAUCGCAAAGCCCAUUCUCCGGCAGCCCAGUCAGCGCUCGGCGGCCCCGCCCAGCCAGGACCAGGGUCCCGCGGAUGCUGCAGCCAGGGAGGUGGGGUCCGCCGUCCAAGGCCAGAGGCCGCUUCACGGAUUGGGCAUAACCGUGAUAGGAGCCUUGCGAUUGGCCCUUCGCAAUGCAGAGGUGGACCUUGACUCCUGCACCGGGGCCUCGAGGACACAGCAAAAGCCAGAGAAGCUGCAGCUCGGGGCGAUGGCCGCUCCGAGCCCUGGGCCUCGCGAGAGCCGGGCCCCCUCCCUGGAGGCUGGAAACAGGCCAAUUGCCUCAGGGAGUCACCGUGGCUUCUUGUUGCGCCUCCGAGACAAGCAGAAUCGAGUGGGCCUGUUUGAGAUCAAUCCAGGGCAUGAACUGCACAGAAUGACGCAGAUGUUGCAGGAAGGGCUCUGGGCUGCUACCCAGGUCUCCAUGGACAACCCACCCAAGGGACCUCCCACCCAGAAGGAUUUCUCAGAAGUCAUGACCCAGGUUCACGAAGAGGGCUUCGAGCUGGGAACCCUGGCCGGUCCAGCUUUUGCACGUCUGAGGCAAUACCUAGGUCUGGCUGAAGAAGACUAUCAGGCUACCCUGGGCCCCGGUGGCCCCUACCUUCAAUUUAUCAGCACCUCCAAGAGCAAAGCCAGCUUCUUUCUGUCCCACGACCAGCGCUUCUUCCUGAAGACCCAGAGGCGCCACGAGGUUCAGGUGCUGCUCGCCCACCUGCCCCGCUACGUGCAGCACCUGCGGCGGCACCCACACACGUUGCUGGCACGGUUGCUGGGAGUGCACAGUCUGCGCGUGGCUCGCGGGAAAAAGACGUACUUCAUCAUCAUGCAGAGCGUCUUCUACCCUCCCAGCCGCAUCUCUGAGAGGUAUGACAUCAAGGCCUGCGAGCUGAGCCGCUGGGUGGAGCCAGUUCCUGAGGGCAGCCCCCUUCUCCUGGUGCUGAAGGACCUCAACUUUCAGGGAAAGACCAUUAACCUGGGACCCCAGCGGAGCUGGUUCCUCCGCCAGAUGGAGCUGGACACCGCCUUCCUGCGGGACCUCAAUGUGCUGGACUACAGCCUGCUGGUGGCCUCUCAGCUUCUCCACGGAGAUGAAAAGGGCUGCCGCAGCAUUUUCCGUACAGUCAGGGCCGGGGAAGUAAAAGAUGAGGAUGCCCCAGCUUUCAUGCGGUUUCUGUUCCUGCUCCAUCUAUGGCAGAGGCUUGGAGGUGAAGGAGAUUGGAGCAGGAUCCAGUCUCCCCAUAGUCACAGCCCAAGCACGCCUGGAUCAGAUGUUGAAGGAGCAUCCAUGGAGCAGUGUCAUUCAAGCUAGCUCUUGCCCACUGCCAAGUCCCAGUGUGCAUAAGAUAGUCAUCAUGUUGAAUAUUUCCCAAUAGGCUCUUCAUCGAUGCCCACACCUCCCCAGCUUCCAGGUUAAUCUCGCCCAGGCUCUUCUGCCACCCAUUUUGACUGGUCUGUACUGUGAUGGGCUCAUCUCUCAUUGGUUGUCUUUUCUCCAAGAGCCCACCCUCAGCAUAGCGCUAUAGCAGUGGUUCUCAACCUGUGGGUCUUGACCCCCUUGAGCUGCAUACCAGAUAGCCUGCAUAUCAGAUAUUUAUGUUACGUUUCACACCAGUAGCAAAGUUACAAAGUAGCAACAAAAAUAAUCUUAUGGUUGGGGGCCACCACAAUGUGAGAAUUGUAUUAAAGGGUCGCAGCGUUAGGAAGGUUGAGAACCACUGCCCUAUAGCGUCCCCUCCAGGACAAGGUAGAAAAGUUGAACUUGCUUUUCCUGGGAUUUGGCGACUGGGGAACGUGCGCCUAAGAGAGAUCACAGGCCUACACACUGGGGCCGGACCAUUCUCAGUUCUUCAGCUCUAUGAGCCUAAGGCUUCUACGAUUGGACUACCCACAAAUAGAGGUUUAGGAGAUACAAGAUGAGGGCCAGGUUGCAUGACCAAAAUGCUCGAAAUUGGUCUUCCCCAACAGAAAUGUAAUUCAGUCUACAGCCCUAUGUCUCAUUCAUAGACCACGAGUGGCUGCUGAGUCUUUGAAAUAUAGAAUUAAUUUUUUCCCUGGUAGCCUCAUUUAUAAAGAUUUUUUUUAAAGGGGGGCGGGCCUGGUAGCUGGGCAUGGUAGCACAUGCCUUUAAUCCCAGCA